CCUUUACCUAGCUUCCAAGUUGUGCAUGGCCGGAACACAAAAUGGGAAGAGCUCCAUGCUGCGAGAAAGAGGGCCUGAAGAAGGGGAGAUGGAGUGCGGAGGAGGAUGAGAUCCUGAUCAAGUAUAUUCAGGCCAAUGGGGAAGGUUCGUGGAGGUCAUUGCCGAAGAAUGCAGGUUUGCUGCGAUGCGGGAAGAGUUGCAGGCUGAGGUGGAUCAACUACCUGAAAGACGGCUUGAAGAGGGGAAACAUUUCUGCUGAAGAGGAUCAAAUCAUCGUAAAGUUGCAUGCUUCUAUGGGAAAUAUGUGGUCUCUAAUAGCUAGUCACUUGCCUGGAAGAACAGACAACGAAAUAAAAAAUUACUGGAACGCCCACUUGAGCAGAAAGAUUCACUCGUUCACUAGGGUUUCCGGUGGAACGUCGCUACCGAUUAUCGUGGAUGUUCCUGUUAAGCGAAGAGGCGGGAGAACCAGUCGCCGGUGCAUGAAGAAGAACAAGAAUUAUAACUACGUCCAAAAGAAUAAUGUUGGUCGGAUUCCGACGGUAAAACCCAUUAAGGAUAGUGUUCUUGAUCCAACCGAUCAAGAAAUCCCAUCAGUACGGUACUCAACACUAGCGUCGGAAAAAGAGAUCAUCACCGUGUCCGGUACUGCAAUAGACGAUGGCGUGGUUUUGGAUCCAGAUGUUGUCCUUGACAAGGAGAGAGAGAGCGUGGUUUCGGGCGGCUGUCAUCAUCAGGCAACAGGGAAAUAUGAUCAGAACCAAGUGGCGGUGCCCCCUAGUAGUGGUCAAAAGGAGACUGAAACUUUGGGACCAUUUGUUAGUGAGGAGAGCAUUAAUGAUGGUGGGCUGUUGUGGUUUGAUUACAUUUUGAGCAAUACUUUGCUGGAUUCAAAUGAGUUUUUAACUGCAAGCGAAUCAGGGAGCUGUAAACCAGAAGCUGUAUUUGAGGACAAAAACAGUAGCAAUUCUGAAUUCUUGUGUGCAAACAAUUGUUCGAAUAUUGGAUAUAAUGGAGAGUGGUAUUCUUGUUCUCCAUUGACUACUUCUGGUUUUGAUGAAUUAUAUGGGGUUGAUAACUGGGAAUUAUGGGAUGGUGUUGGACAGGGGAAUAAUGAGAUAUGGAAUGAUCAGAAAGAAAAUGUGUUAUCCUCGCUGUGGGAGGGUGAUAAUUUCUAAUUUGGAUGGGGAUAGUUGUAACUUGGCAGAUAUAGAUCCUGACAAACAGGAUGCUUUGGUCGCUUGGCUUCUAUCCUAGAAAAUGAUCACUUUUUUUGGCUGAAAAAUGUUAAUUGAUUGUUUGAGUUGAGAGUUGGGAUCGAUACGAUCUCUGGUUGUUCGGAAUUAGUUUUUUUACAAGCAUUAUGUAAAAUUUCUUUCUAUCUUUAUAUAUCUAGGGUUGUUAUCUGCUCUAAA